AUGAGAGCAGCGGCGGACGACAAGCCUGUCGGCCCACGGUACCGGGAUCGCGACGACGAGAAGCUCAAGUCCAUGGAUCCGCCUGUAUCGGUUUAUCUCUCAGUCCACAUCCUGGAUACCCGAGGCGUCGGCAAAGGUCUCGACGACGAAUCACUUGAUCCCGCUAUCGAAGCAACCGCUCUCGUUAUCCUUUUGCACCCGCAUUACGCUGUUGACAGCCAGACAUUCGAGAAGAAAAGCAAUGGGCACGUUCUUGCCUCUGGCACUGGGGUUUCCCAUCUAACUGGGAAAGGCCCCAAUUCUUUGUGA